CCACUCUUUUCCAGACACCACAACUUACCCUAAUUUCUUGCUUUCUUGGACAUGGCGGCUGCUGGCAGAUCUGCACUCAUCUUGGGCGCAACUGGCGCGACGGGGAAGCACCUACUCCGCGAACUCUUGUCCUCCUCGUACUACUCGCGCGUGGGCGAGUACGGGCGGCGAGUGACCCCUCUCGACGGCCUUACCAGCGGGAAGGAGAAGCUCGAGCAGAAGCAGAUUGAUUUUGAGAAACUAGAGGAGGCUGGGUUGGACGCGGGGAAGUGGGAUGUGGUUUAUAUCACGCUCGGCACGACGCGCGCAAAGGCCGGAAGCGCCGCGGCUUUCGAGAAGAUCGACAGAGAGUAUGUGGUGAAUGCUGCCCGCCUAGCCAAGUCCAACGACCCCACGCACAAGCAACGGCUCGUUUACCUCUCCAGCGGCGGUGCGAACCCGAGUGCGCCCUUCCUUUACCCUCGGAGUAAAGGCCUGACCGAACUGGCGCUGGCGUCGCUGGGCUAUGACGACACUAUCAUCCUCCGACCGGGGUUCUUACAGAACGCUCAGCGGGGAGAAAGCAGGCCGGUCGAGUCGGUGCUUGUUCCGGUCUUCUCGGUGAUCUCACGGUUCGUGAGUAUCGCCAUCGACGUGUCUGUGUUGGCAAAGGGUAUGCGGGUGGCUGGCGAGCUGGGUAGCGCGGGUCUGCCGAAGGAGGUUGGAGCCACGACUGAGGGCAAGGAAGGGGAGAAGUUCACGGUCAUCGGGAACGCGGGGUGUAUCGCACUCGCGAAGAGCGCUUCCUCAUGAAUGUGGAAGAGUGAUCCGUAUUGUAUGAUGUGAUCGAUGGAGGCUGUAUGAUUAAGUUCAAUGUCAAUUGUGGAUGAUGUUUGGGUCGUGUCUGGUGCCUAUGCUUAUGUUCC